AUGACAAAGAAGAACAAUAAAUCGACGGGAGAUACAUUAAAUGUUGUCUCUUCAGAACCAAUUGAUUCAAUUGAAGAAACUGAUAAAAAUUCGGAAGAUUCAGAAGGAAUUGAGACUGGAGUCAAGGCUGAAGCAGAUAAAAAAGAAAGCGACGAAACGAAUGCUAAUGUGACCAAAUCGUCGGAUAUUGAAGAAAAAAGUAAGGAUGUGACUGAUGUGGCCGAUAAGAAACAGGAAAGCACCACGGUUGUUGAUAAAAACAAUGAGGCCAACGCCACUGAUAAAGAGGAUACUGUAGCAAGUGCUGUUGAUAAGAAGGAAGAUGCUGUUGAUAAAGAUGCUGUUGAUCAAAAGGAAGGUGCGGGUGCAAAGACUGAUGGGAAGCAGGGUGACAAGGGUGAUAGUAAGGGAACUGAUGCAGAGGAAGAAGCGCCAGCGCCACCUCCAAGGCCCGUUUCACCUUUAUCACAAAUAAAGCAGGAUUUGAAGGACGCAUUCCCGAACGUUGAAGAGAAACUUAUUACUGCAGUUUUAAUUGCGUCUCAAGGUAAUCCUGACCCUGCAUUCAAUGCGUUAUUAUAUAUCUCUGAUCCUUCUGUUGAAGCGGAAAUCCCAGAACCGGCGCCACCAGUGCCAAGUAAGCAAGUGAACAUGCAAAAGAAUACCUUGACCGAUGAUGAAUUAUUAGCGAGAAAGUUGCAGAAAGAAUUCGAACUUGAGGACAGGAGAAGGAGGGCUCAGCAUCACGACCGCGAAAGAAGAAGAAGACGUCAACAAUCACAACCAGAAGACUUAGAGGACGACAGUGUCGACGAAUUUGGCCAAAUUAAAGAGAGCUUUUCCCAAGGAUUUGAAGAAGCUAGAACCACAUUAAAUGGCUGGGUCAGUGGUAUAGCUAAAAAGUUCCAGGAACCAACAGAUGACGCCAUACAAUCGAAGGAAUCGCAAUCGCAAAAUCCUAAACUUUUUGGUGCAUUAGGUGGAUCGUCGUUUACAAAACAGAACAAGAAGAAUACGUUUGAUGAAGAUCCACGUAUUAUCUCGAAUGAUUUACAUAGCCAAAUUAACUUGAAGGACAACGAUGAAGAAGAGCAAGAUGCUCCAUCAUUACCUAAACGUCAAGGGGAUCAAGCAAAUAAGGAAAAAUCAGCUCAGUCUGAUAGUUACAUGGACUCGAAUAAGAAGUGGCAAUCUUUGAACUCAGAUGUGCCGGUCAACUCAGAUGCAUUUUUAGUUACUGAUAGCGAGGAUGAAGAUACUGGCGUGGCAGCUUAUGAUACGAAGAAGACAAAGCAAUCAUCGUGA